UCCCGGCUCUUUUCUCUCCCUCAGUCUUGGCAGCAACGGCCACAGCAGCAGAAGCAGCAGUGGCGGCGGCGGCAGUGGUUGGCGGCGGCGGCAGGCAGGGGCGCAGCGGGCGGUGGGGACCGACGCACAGAAGGGAGGUACAGGGGCUGGGACCUGCUCGAGUGGAACGGGGUCCUCAGCCCUGGACAGAGGCAGUGACCGACUAGAUGCCACCCUCCGGCAUCCCUGGACUCAGGGGAUGGACGCGGCCACAGCUCCGAAGCCAGCCUGGCCCCCGUGGCCUCCCCUCCUCUUCCUGCUCCUCCUGCCCGGAGGGGGCAGUGCCAGCUGCCCCGCCGUGUGUGACUGUGCCUCCCAGGUCCGGGCAGUGCUCUGUGCCCACAGGUGGCUGGAGGCCAUCCCGGGGGGACUCCCGCUGGACACUGAGCUCCUGGACCUGAGUGGGAACCGCCUGUGGGGGCUUCAGCAGGGGAUGCUCUCCCGCCUGGGCCUGCUGCAGGAACUGGACCUCAGCUACAACCAGCUCUCCACCCUCGAGCCCGGGGCCUUCCACGGCCUGCACAGCCUGCUCACGCUGAGGCUCCAGGCCAAUCGACUCCGCAUCGUGGGGCCCGGGGUCUUCUCGGGCCUGCCUGCGCUCACUCUGCUGGACCUCCGCUUCAACCAGAUCGUCCUCUUCCUGGAUGGAGCUUUCAGUGAGCUAGGCAGCCUCCGGCAGCUGGAGGUCGGGGACAACCACCUGGUGUUUGUUUCUCCUGGGGCCUUCGAAGGGCUGGCGCAGCUGAGCGCCCUCACACUGGAGCGAUGCAACCUCAGCAUGGUGCCCGGCCUUGCCCUUGCCCGCCUCCCAGCUCUGGUGGCCCUUCGGCUCCGAGAACUGGACAUCGAGAGGCUGCCUGCCGGGGCGCUGCGGGGACUGGGGCAGCUGAAGGAGCUGGAGAUCCACCACUGGCCACCGCUGGAGGCCCUGGACCCAGGGAGCCUGGCGGGACUCAAUCUGAGCAGCCUGGCCAUCACUCACUGCAAUCUGAGCUCCGUGCCCUUCCAGGCACUGAACCACCUGAGCUUCCUCAGGGUGCUGGACCUGUCUCAGAACCCCAUCUCGGCCAUCCCAGCCCGCCGGCUGAGCCCCCUGGUGCGGCUCCAGGAGCUCCGGCUGUCAGGGGCAGGUCUCACCUCCAUUGCCGCCCACGCCUUCCACGGCCUGACCGCGUUCCACCUCCUGGACGUGGCAGAUAACGCCCUUCAGACUCUGGAGGAGACAGCUUUCCCUUCGCCUGAAAAACUGGUCACCCUCAGGCUGUCCGGCAACCCCCUGACUUGUGACUGCCGCCUCCUCUGGCUGCUGCGGCUGCGGGGCAGCCUGGACUUUGGCACAACGCCCCCCGCCUGUGCCGGCCCCCAGCACGUCCAGGGGAAGAGCCUGAGGGACUUUGCCGACAUCCUUCCCCCGGGGCACUUUACUUGCAAACGGGCCCUGAUCCGAAAGUCAGGGCCACGGUGGGUCGUUGCAGAGGAGGGGGGACACGCAGUUUUCUCCUGCUCAGGAGAGGGAGACCCAGCCCCCACCGUCUCCUGGAUGAGGCCUCAGGGGCCUUGGCUAGGAAGGGCUGGGAGAAUUAGGGUCCUGGAGGACGGGACGCUGGAGAUCCGCUCGGUGCAGCUGCGGGACAGGGGGCCCUAUGUCUGUGUGGUCAGCAACACAGCAGGCAACGACUCCCUAAGGACCUGGCUGGAAGUCACCCAAGUUGAACCCCCAAACGGCUCUCUCUCUGACCCUAACGUCACCAUGCCGGAGGCCCCAGGGCCUUUCCUUCUGGACAGCAGGGGAGUGGCCGUGGUGCUAGCAGUGGGCUUCCUCCCCUUCCUCACCUCCGUGGCCCUCUGCUUUGGGCUGAUCGCCCUGUGGAGCAAGGGCAAGGGUCGCGUCCGACACCACGGGACCUUCGAGUUUGUGGCUCCUCGGCCCUCUGGGGAUAAGAACUCUGGGGGGAACCGGGUCACAGCCAAGCUCUUCUGACCUUUCCGCCCACCAUGAGGAGCCAGCCGAGUCCACCCCAGCUGUCAAACAGGAAGACAGAACCAAAGCCACGUCCCUCGCAGCACAGCUCACACCUGCCUCUGCGUUGUGUCCGCAGCUGGGGACACUGGUGUCAGGCGGCUGCCCUGCGCUUUUCCAGUCCAAGGAUGGCACCGCCAUCUCUCCUGUGAGGGUCCCAGGGAGCCGCAGAUACAGACCCCGUGGUCAGCCCAGCCUUCCCCCAGCCACCCCUCCAACACUGACACACAACGCGGGACCGCAACCAAGGCUCCAGCCUGCUGUUCUAACCACUGGACUUCCUUCCCACGCGUCUAACUUUAAUGGUCAGUGCCAUCUGCCACCUGCAGCCGCAGAGUAUUUCAGAGGUGGGGCUGGGAAGUACCACUUGCUUAAUGGGGUCCCUGCUCCUCACCCAAGCAGCCUCCCUUUCUUUUCUGGCCCCAGCCCCAGCCUCUAGGUGCAAGGAACGAGAGCUGAGAGCCGGGGGUCCUCAGGCUAAGGAGAAGGUUGUGCAUGUGUGGGGAGGGGGUGGCAGAGCACUCGCCAGGCGCUGUCUGCAUGGGCCUCGGCCGCCUUCCUGUCUGAGCGUUAAACCUGCUGCCAAAAGUCACAGCCAGGACAAAAUUUGGCCUUGGAACUUUCUUUACCUCAGUUUAUUCCCUUCUCCCCUUUCUGCCCACCAGUGAAGGCAGGGGCCGUGCAGCCGGGGGAGAUUCUUUCCCUUUUACUUUCCAUCUCUGGCCCUGAGAGUGGAUUCCUCCAUCCCUAUGCAAGGGGUGCCUGUGCAGAAAUGAGCCUAGAGCACCUCACCCCUUCCCUCCUGCUACAUUUCUAGUCACUCCUGGUUCAUAGUGCCCUUGGAGGAAAACCAGAAGGGACCUCCUGGAAAAUGACUGCCAAGAGCCAGAAACUGCAUCUGUCCAAGGAGAGACCCGGCCAGGAGGGAGAAGAGCGAGUGGCUGAGCGUGCUGUGGGAAAGUGGAGGAAAGAGGGGCGCGGCGGUGCAGCCUGCCCGGUGCCUUCCCACUGCGUCACGUGCACGCACACGCGCACACGCACGCACACCCCAGUUCAGCACAGUCCCAGUGGGAAGCUGUCUCUGGACAGACGUCACUCAGGGGGAAGCGGACGAGCCGCAGAACUGCUGAGUCCCACGGAGUGUGGCUCACACAGAGGACAAAGCAGAGCUCCAGAAAGUAGGGGCGCUGAGGAUCCGAGGGUCGGGGCAGCAGCCUCAGCCCCUGGGAAGACAGGAGUGGAAAGGAGGGGAGGAGGGC